AUGUCCAACAGCCAGGAUGGAGCCGGCGUAGCCGAUGAUUUGAUCGCCUUUUACCAGAAGGACUCCGAGCGAGUUCCCAACCCCAGUGAGACUCUCGAAUACCAGAAUGUCGACAAGCUCGCAUACGCCAUGUCAAAGGUGCCGAUGCGGACUGCGCGGCCACUCAAAGUCAUCUGCGUCGGUGCAGGAUUCAGCGGACUGGACUUUGCCCACGAGGUUGAGACUCGGGCAAUUGAGAACUGUGACCUGACGAUAAUCGAGAAGAACAGUGACCUGGGAGGGACUUGGCUCGAGAACAGAUAUCCUGGUUGCGCUUGUGAUAUUCCCAUCCACAGCUAUCAGUAUUCCUGGGCUCCAUUCCCGCAGUUCAACAGCUUCUAUGCCGGCCGCGAUGACAUUCUCACCUACUUGGCCAAAGUAGCAGACCAGUUCAACUUGAGAAAGUACAUCAAAACGAGCCACAAAGUGAUCGGUGCGAAGUGGAUUCCGGAGCGGAAGAAGUGGCAGGUCCAGAUUGUCGCUACCGAUGGCCGCGAAAUCGUCACAUCCGACAGUCAGACGCGAGAUGGGGAAGCAGGUGAGCCGUUCGUCGAGGAAUGCGACGUCUUCAUCAAUGCAACUGGAGCAUACAACAACUGGAGAUGGCCUACUACCCCCGGUCGUGAAUCCUCAAGGGCGACAUGUUCCGCAAUUCAAAUCCUGCCUGCCAUUCUGGACUCCGUCGACAAGAUUUACGUCCUCCUCCGCAGCAGGACCUGGGUGACACCCGCUCUGGCCAACCGUUUUGCGGGCGGGACGGGAGGCAACCAGAUCUACACUGAGGAGCAGAAACAGGAGUGGACUGACUCACCGGAGACGUACUUUGUGUUGCGUAAAGACAUUGAGGAGGAACUGAAUGUCCGCUUUCGACUGUAUCUCAAAGGGUCUAAUGCACAGAACAUGGGCCGCAAGAUGACGGAGAAGAUGAUGACGGAUCGACUCGCCGCAAAGCCGGAGCUGGCGGAUGAGUUGCUCCCUGAAUUUCCAGUUGGAUGCCGACGCCCAACUCCGGGAGUGGGCUAUCUCGAGGCUCUUUGUUCUCCAAAGGUUGAGAUUGUCUGGGGUGAGCUCGAUUCCUUCAACGAGACGGGAGUGAAGACUGCAUCAGGCCAGCAACUCAACGUCGACUCGAUCAUUUGCGCAACUGGCUUCAACAUGGGCUUCGUGCCUCGCUUCCCCGUCAUCGGCUCGCACGGACGGGACCUCCGCGAAGAUUGGACCAAAGAACUUCCCGCCAGCAUACUGGGCGUCACGGUCGAGGCCAUGCCGAAUUACUUUGUCUACAUGGGCCCCACGAGUCCUCUUGGCCAUGGCUCCAUCAUCGGCUCCAUCGAGCACGUAACGAGCUACAUCCGCCAGUUUGUGUACAAGUUGCAGACUGAGAACUACGCCUAUUUCCAGCCGAAGGAGGGCGUAAGUAAGGCGUGGCAGGCACACGCCUUGAAGUGGAUGGCCAAGACGGUUUGGGUCGAAGGUUGCGCAUCUUCUUUCAAGAACGGAGCGUUGGAGGCGCCCGUCGUCUCGCUCCACCCUGGUUCGCGCCUGCAUUACUUCGAUCUCUUGGAGCACCCGCGAUUCGAGGACUUCGAGUGGACUUCGCUGUGUCAGGAUCCGAUGAACAUGUUUGCUUGGCUGGCUGACGGCUUCACCGCUGCGGAGACCUACGGUACCAAGACUGGCUCGUAUUAUCUAACUGUAUCUACAUUGGAGUUUUUAAAAAACUCCAUAGAAAAUCUACUAAAACCUCCAAGUUUUUUUAAAAAGUAAAAUAUAAAUAGAGUUUUUAAAAAUAUUAGUUUAUAAAGAUAGGAUUUAUAAAGUAAAGAGAUUAAAAGAAUAGAUUUUAUAAAAACUCCUUUAGUAUUAUAAGAAUUUAGAUCUAUUUAUUUAUUUU